AAGUAGAGGAUGAGGCUGUUACAGUGAAAGAAGAAGAGACUGUUAAAAUAGAAGUAGAGGAUGGGGCUGUUACUGUGAAAGAAGAAGAGAUGGACGUUAGAGUGAAUGAAGACAAAGGAGAGUUCAGAGUGAAAGAGGAGGGGGAUGUUACCAAAGAUAUUUAUAUCUGUGAUGUAAAAAAAGAGGAGGAAGAGGAGGAGGAUGCAGUUUUUGGAGUGGAGGGAGAGAUAACUGUCACAUUGAAAGAAGAAGAAGAGGAGACAGGAGAUCUGAUUAACACCAGAGAAAGACCACACUCUCACAACAGGAAGAGUCCAUCAGGUGAACCAGACCCAGAGAUGCCAAAUCCAGCCAGACGACACCACUGCUCCCAGUGUGGAAAGCAUUUUACCAAGUUACAGAACCUAAAACAGCAUGAGAGGACACACAAAGGAGAAAAGCGUUUUCAAUGCUUUCAGUGUGAAAAAAUAUUUUCACGUUCACAGGAUUUUAAAAAGCAUGAGAGGACACACACAGGAGAAAUGCCCUUCCAAUGCUCCCAGUGUGGAAAGGGUUUUAACCGGUUAGGGAGCCUGAAAGAACAUACAAUGAUACACACAGGAAAGAAGCCUCACCACUGCUCCCAGUGUGGAAAGAGUUUUAACCGGUUAGGGAACCUGAAAAAGCAUGAGAGAAUACACUCUGGAGUGAAGCCUUACCAGUGUUCCUAUUGUGGAAAGAAUUUUACUCAGUUAGAGAACCUGAAGGAACAUGAAAGGACACACACGGGGGAGAAACCCCACCAUUGCUCUCAGUGUGGAAAGGCUUUUACCACGUCACGAAACCUUAAAGAGCAUAAGACGAAACACACCGGAGAAAAGCCUUUCCACUGCUCCCUGUGUGGAAAGAAUUUUACCCAUUUAGGGAACCUGAAGAAACAUGAGAGAAUACACUCUGGAGAUAAGCCGUACCCCUGUUCCCACUGUGGAAGGAGUUUUAGGUGGUUAGGAACCUUAAAGCAACAUGAGAGAAUACACACGGGAGAGAAGCCUUUCCAAUGUUCCCAGUGUGGAAAGGGUUUUACCCAGUUAGGUAACCUAAAAGCGCACGAGAGGACACACUCAGGAGAAAAGCCUUUCCAAUGUUCUCAGUGUGGAAAGAGUUUUACUGUGUUUGUGAGCCUAAAAGAGCAUAAGAGAAUACACACAGGAGAGAAGCCCUACCAAUGCUCCCACUGUGGCAAGAGUUUUAGGGGGUUAGGGAACCAGAAAAAACAUGAGAGGACACACACAGGAGAAAAGCCUUACUAAUUUUCUCAAUGUGGAAAGAGUUAUAACCAGUUAAGCACCUGAAAUCACAUUUAGGUGUGAAGCCUUUCCACUGCUCCCAUUUUAGUUCCAGGGCUAUGAUUUCCGCAUAUUUACAAUUUCGGACAUUUGGCCCAUAGACUGGUCUGUAACUUGGAGAGGGUGGAGCUUUUGGUUCCGAUCCCAGUUCUAUCUCGUCUCUUAACACGUAUGGAUCCAGAACUUCAUCAAGUGUUACCAACCCAGUAACUAACCCACGGAUGUUGUUGCACUCACUUUGUCUAAGGGGUGCUAAGCCUAGUUACAUGGUCUGUAACCUGAAUGAAUGAAUGUAUGCAUUUAUGUGUGAAAUCAGUUAAUGGACCUAGGUGUUGAAUUCCCAGGGAGACGGCAACCUUACCUCGGUCCAGGGCCUUGACAUCUUGACCUCUUGGUCGGCCAAUCCAAGACGACUAUUAUUUGUUUAGAUGGUGACGAAACGUAAACAUGCCAAAAUCAUCAUCAGCAAAGUCUUCACCACCAUCAACCUCACAAUCAUCAUCCCCAUGACAACCAAGGACAAUGAUAGCAGUUCCAGAUCAGACUAGCCUACGUCCUCCUCUUCCCUGUGUUCAAAGGGCCGUACGGUUAAAGAAGUGUUUGUACCAGCUGAUCAUGACAGUGGGAAGUCCAUCCUGUCUGACUGUGCCCACCCUUUUUACACCAGAGGUUCUUAAACCUUUUUCAGCCUGGGACCCAAAUUAAAAAAAUUCAGUGUUUUCCUGGGACCCAAGCUUAUUAAAAUAUGCAACUAUGUGUAAAAUAUUGGUUGAUUUCAUUGCCCUUAUACCUAAAACAAAUCUAAUAUAAACAAAAACAUAUAACAAUGAUAUGAAAUACCCAUAAAAAGACUAAUCAUGUUUAUUCUUUUAAAAAACUCUUACAUAUCUGUCUAGGUUGGACCUGUUGCUGUACAAAUACAAUAAAUCAUUUUCAUUCUGAACUGGAAGUAAACGGAUUGAUCACAUCACACAGAUGUAGAACAGAACACACACGGGCUCAGUUUUUGAUAGUGCAACCCUAAGUAACAGUACAGAUGAGAAAUGAUCAGGCCUACCGUACAUCUUACUGUGGAAAGUAUUG